AGCGAAGACUCUUUGCCUAGAGCGGCAACAAGUUGAGCGUGUGCAUUCAAAGCGGCAAGACGUGAGAGAAUAGUUCUCAUGGAAAACAAUUGUGUGUGGAAAUAAAGUGUUGAGUGCCUCCUGGCCAUCCAUGGACUUGUGGUUGUUGUCGUGGAACUGCUCCUCUUGCAUGAUUCGUUAGCGGUGGACUUCCCCUCCCUUUUCGUUCGAAGCCACCGGAAGAAGUUAUGUGAGAAGGAAACUGGACAAUAAUUCACUACAACAGGCCAGACCGUUCCUCCGCAGACUUGCAAGACUUGUGUUUUGUUGACAACUUAUUGUUGUGCACUCUGUCUAAGAUCCAAGGUGAAUAAUUAUACUAGGCGAUCAACCGUCCAGUGGCCAGUCACAAUUGGCUGAUCGCUUCCUCUCUCUCGGCGAACAAGAAAAGUUCAACUGUGAAAAUGUUUGCUCUCCUCAUUGUAAAAAGUCAACACAGAUCAGUGGAGUUCUCGUGCUAAUACUCAGAUGACUCAGCCGGAUUUCAUUUUUUGUGAACAAGGCUGAACCGUUGUUUGUGACUCAGUUCCUUGACAAGACGACUGAGAACACAAGAAGAAGAAGGAGAAAAAAUCUCUUAAAGAGGUCGUUUCGAAUUCUUCCCAUUCCCUCUCUCCGACCUCUAGAAAGCUAGAGUCCCUGUAGUGUUUCAAAGAGGUUGUUCGCUUCGCGAUUGAAAGGGAGACGAAUCCCCUCUUCGAUUUGGAGUGUUCAUCUUUCGUGGUCGGUUUCACCGCACAUUCCACUUGGAUGUUGAAUCUUCAUCUAUCUAUCUUGGAAGUCUCCGGCAAUAAAGUGAAGUACUUAGGCUCAAUCUGAAUGUAGAUGUGAGUGAGUGUACGGACAGCUCUUUGGAUCGAACAACGUUCGUCCGUCCGUCCGUCCGUACGUACGUACGUACGUAUGUAGGUACGUAUGUACGUAGCGACCGACCGAGCGACGUUAUGUACGUCUGUAUGUUCGAACAUGCGUGUAUGAGAUGGAAAGAGGUCGCGACCUCUCAAAUCUGAUUUUGACGCAUCACUCAGAGCUGGAAAGCGAACGAAUCCCCGCUUAGGCGAAGAACAAGUCUCAUUUGCCGCCUGCAGUAAUAUCGUAUCUCAUUCAAGAGCUUGAAACUUUCAGCCAAAACAUGAACAGCCAAGCUUGAGUUCCGUUCAUUCAAAGAUUAUUCGCAUGUUUCCCGACCAAGGAAGACUUCAGAUUUCCCAGGAUGAUUACCGUGGUGCCUCUCUGACAAACCACAAGAGCGAAUGACAUGAGGAGAAAAUGGCACUGAAUUUGUCACAACAGAUCUACCAAAAACUUCCUUCAUCAGCCAGGGGGGAGUCGGGGAGUGACUUCGAGAUCCCGAUCUACAUUCGGAGUCAGGAAUCCCCGAAAUGGGUUUCCGGAAUCGACAGAUCCACCACUUGUCACGACAUCUUGGAGUCCGUUCUUCGCUCCAAAAUUGGAACCGAAGCGGACUUGAACCAAUUCACUUUGGUGGAACAUUGGCGAGGAGUGGAGAGACCAUUGAGUCGCAACUCGAAGAUUCUCAAGCUGUGGUUGGCUUGGGGCGAUGAGCAGAAUCACGUGAAGUUCGUAGUAAAAAAGACUCGGGUGAAAGAUCAUCAAGACCAGGAAAACUUGACCAGCAAAAAAUCUGCUCGAACGAGGAAUAAGGUCCGGAGAAGAAACUCCAACUCAAGUGUGGGGAGCAAAGCCAGUGAUACCAUGCAUCCCAAGGUCCUCUCGAAACAGCGAGGGAGCUCCAAAAGCUCUCCCGAUAUUCAGGAGAUGAUGAAAGUGAUCCUGAACCAGGGCCAAGUCAUCUACCAAGAACUGCAACGGAGAGGCUAUCAACCUAAUCCUAACUUGUCAGAAAGUGUUUCCGCUUUGAAUCGAAGUCAAUCUGAGCUGAACUUGUCUCAGGAAAGCAGGAAGAGUGGAUCUGCCUCAAAAACUAAACCCUCAAAGAGUACAUCUAUCAAAGGGGAUAACACUCAGACUGAAACUCGACUUGAUGAUGAUUUGGGCUAUGGAGACGACAUGAGUCCUCCAAAUACCACAGACAUCAUCGAGGAGCUCAUCAGGUUACAUUCACUCAAUGAAGAAUUGCAAACAGUGGAGACUAAGCUUCACAUUUUGAGUGCCAAUUUAAAUCAGUUUAUGGCGCCAAAUUUGACGGACCCGACGAAAACGACGACGAAGUCCAGUGCUCCCAUGAAAGAGGAUCAUCAUCAUCUUAGCAAUAAUAAUGACCCACGAGGGAACUUGGCCGAAUGCACUUUGCAACAAGAGUUAGAUUCUGUGAAAAGAUACAAUCAGAGUGCCAUGGAAGACAUUUCGCGGAAUAAAGAGCUUAUCUCGGCCAUGGAGCUCGAAUUCAAGAACAAGAAAGAUUCCAUCAAGCAACUCGAAUACGAUUUCAACCUCAUCGAGAAGGAAGGCAAAAAGUUGGGUCGGGAGUACGAAAAGGUUUUGAGCAUCGAAAUCCCCGAUGCUGACAGGGAGAGCGAUGCAGAUAGGGGCGAGGACUCUGCCCUGGAGGACUCCACCCAAGUCAUUUACUCCGAGCUCAAGGAGCUCAAGCUGGAGUGCCAAAGAUUCACGUCCACCUCAUCCUCGGACCCGGACCACGAUCCAUCCAAGCUCCUCACAUCACCUGUCCUCACUCCAGCCUCGGCCAGUGAAUCAGGGGUGGAUUUGAGUCACGAGGGGAGCACUUCCGGCUCAGAAAGCUCGGGACCGAGACCGUCGCCCUUGAGUCACUCGGAGUCUGAACCAUUGGACUCCAAACUGUUGGUUCACGAUUUUUGCUCCACAGAGUCCCGUUCGUCCCGAAUCAAAUCCUCCAGAACUGAGACCAGGCAUGGAAUCUUGGAUGAUGGAGAGGAUACCAAUUCUGACACCGGCCUGAGCUCCCUUCACUCGAGCAGUGACGAAGGAGCCUAUGAAUUUGGCACCUUGGUGUGAAUGUCUGGUUAGAAAUUCCUCUCUUGUGCCCGUCUCUUUUCAACGGUUAUUGUGCAAUGCUUUACUCUUGGUUUUCAAGUCCGGCUGUGAUCCAAACGUUCUACUACUACUACUACUACUACUACUACUACAACCCUAUCCAACAGAUAUCGUAACUGAACCGUCCCACGUAACGUUCAUCCUAUCAAAUAAAUGUUGUUUAAUGAAGCUGGUAUCCACAU